AGGAAAAUGACGCCGCAGCAUAUUUGGAUAAUUUACUACUAUGCGUUUCAUCUGUUUCUCGUGCUUUGCCUUGUGCCUCCAUUGUUAAUUUUGAAGACCGAAGCUGCCAAUCUAAAGGUCUGCGGUGAAGGCGUUGUAAGUCCUGACCCCGACGAUUGUGCUAGUUAUUUCCAAUGUUUGGACGGUGCAAUUAUUAAAGAGAAAUGUAGCAGUGGUAGCUACUUUGAUUCCUCUUGGGAUGUAUGCGUGAUAGAUGUGGAUGGCAUCUGUACACCAGCUACAGUUAAUUGUACGGAAGGAGAACUCGAGGUGAACCCUUUUAACUCCUGCGGCUAUUUGAAAUGUUUAAAUGGAAGUAUAACAGCAGUUAAUUGCACAAGUGGAAGCUACUUUAAUUCGACUUUAAUGACGUGUAUCAUCGAUGAGAAUGGUAUAUGCUCUGCUAUCGAUAAUGAAUGUAUAGAAGGGGAGAUUGAGGAGAACCCUGAAGAUCCUUGUGGAUACUUAAAGUGCGUCAAUGGAAGUCUUGAAGAUGUGGAUUGCACCAGUGGAACCUACUUUAACUCUUCAUUGAAUAUUUGCCUCAUUGAUGAGAAUGGAAUAUGCUCUGCAAUCGAUGAGAAAUGUACUGAAGGAGAGAUUGAGGAGAAUCCUGAUGAUCCUUGUGUAUACUUACAAUGUGUGGAUGGCAGCCUUGAGGAAGUGAACUGCACGAGCGGAACCUACUUUAACUCUUCAUUGAAUAUUUGCCUCAUUGAUGAGAAUGGAAUAUGCUCUGCAAUCGAUGAGAAAUGUACAGAAGGACAGAUUGAGGAGAAUCAUGAUGAUCCUUGUGGAUACUUACAAUGUGUGGAUGGCAGCCUUAAGGAAUUGAACUGCACCAGCGGAACCUACUUUAACUCUUCAUUGAAUAUUUGCCUCAUUGAUGAGAAUGGAAUAUGCUCUGGAAUCGAUGAGAAAUGUACAGAAGGACAGAUUGAGGAGAAUCAUGAUGAUCCUUGUGGAUACUUACAAUGUGUGGAUGGCAGCCUUGAGGAAUUGAACUGCACCAGCGGAACCUAUUUUAACUCUUCAUUGAAUAUUUGCCUCAUUGAUGAGAAUGGAAUAUGCUCUGCAAUCGAUGAGAAAUGUACUGAAGGAGAGAUUGAGGAGAAUCCUGAUGAUCCUUGUGGAUACUUACAAUGUGUGGAUGGCAGCCUUGAGGAAGUGAACUGCACCAGCGGAACCUACUUUAACUCUUCAUUGAAUAUUUGCCUCAUUGAUGAGAAUGGAAUAUGCUCUGCAAUCGAUGAGAAAUGUACAGAAGGAGAGAUUGAGGAGAAUCCUGAUGAUCCUUGUGGAUACUUACAAUGUGUGGAUGGCAGCCUUGAGGAAUUGAACUGCACAAGCGGAACCUACUUUAACUCUUCAUUGAAUAUUUGCCUCAUUGAUGAGAAUGGAAUAUGCUCUGCAAUCGAUGAGAAAUCCUUGAGGAAGUGA